CUUGGGGACCCUGAGCUUGGACAGGGACGGAAGGAAGGCAGCGAGCGAGCUGGGCGGAGUGGGAGAAAGGUGGAAAGACUGGCGGAGCGCGGGCGGAGGACGGAGCAGGGGGCGGCGCGGGCCGCAUCCUCGAGUUUUUCAGUCACUUUUUUAAAGAAGGAAGGCUCAUGGUGCAAAUUGUUAUUUCUAGUGCGGGGGCUGGAGGCCUGGCAGAAUGGGUGCUGAUGGAACUACAGGGGGAGAUCGAGGCUCGCUACAGCACCGGAUUAGCUGGAAACCUCCUGGGAGACCUACAUUACACCACUGAGGGAACCCCUGUGCUGAUCGUGGGGCACCACAUCCUGUAUGGGAAAAUCAUCCGCCUGGAGAAACCUUUUGCAGUCCUUGUCAAACACACUGCUGGGGAGCAGGACUGUGAUGAGCUUGGCGCAGAGACUGGCACUCGGUAUUUGGUGACAGCACUCAUCAAAAACAAGAUCCUCUUCAAAACUCGCCCUAAGCCUAUUAUCACCAACGUCCCCAAGAAAGUAUGA